AUGGAGUCAUCUGCCUCGUCACCUGGCGUCAUUGCUCGCGAGAAGUUAAAGAUCUUUCAAAUCUUCCGUGACGUUGGACCCGAAGGAGAGGACAUUUUGAAGACUGCAAAAUUGGUACAUGUUGCCGACAAGAGGGAAGCCUUCGUCGUCACCAUGGAGGAUGAAACUUAUUCCUUCGUCCGUACCCGGUUGGUCCCCAGUGUGUGCAAAAUUGCGAAAAUUCCGCAACUGUGCGGUCUCCGUGUCAAAGAAUUUGCGGUUGGAAUGAUUGAGCUCGCCAUAACGGAAGAUGGAUUCCUCUAUUCGUGGAUUAUCAGUGAUCCCGACGUGUUCUAUUUUGAGCCUACUACUUCCGAUUUCGCACUAUUAGGCCGCCUGAAACCUGCCGAUAAAGUUGCCGAAUCGAACCUCGUGGUGACCCCGCAUCGUGUCCUAGGUUCUUUAGCGGGGAAGAAGGUACACCAAGUGGCGUUAUCGUACAAGCGCAUCAUGGCGUUGACCUGGGGUGGGGAGGUGCAUCAGUGGGGUGGGAGGACCCCUCUCUGGACGCCAACCUUGGUUCCAAAGCAACACUUUCAUUACCAGCAAGUCAUCUCGAUUACCUGCAGUGACGAUGUGUCUGUCGCUCUUACGUCAAAUGGAGAGUUAUUUCAAUGGGAACUGGACAACGAGGUACCGCAAAAAAUUGAUGUGGACCCCACACCAUUUAAAAAGAUAACAGCCGGCAAGGAUCUCAUUUUUGCCCUGACCGUGAACGGAGCGCUGUACUCGGCAAGAUUACCAACGGGAACGAAGCCCAUAUGGUCGACGGCCUUCGAGGGGGAAGAAUUGCAAGAUGUUUUUGCAACCUGUUGGACAAGUGGGAUGGUUAUUUUCGAGUUGAAAAAUUGCAUCCGCUUUGCAUUUCUAUACCAUGAAGCUUCUUAUCCUGAUCUGUCCUCAUUUUCGCAAAGCGGUACCUCAAUCGAUGAGUAUUUUGCGGGAAUUAAUCAAGCAACUUAUCGCACUGUGUGUGCAGAAACGCAACUUAAACCGGGCACCGUGGCUGACCACAUUGGCAACUUGUGGGCGAGCAAGGAAAAUUCGGACGUGACAUUUUCCUUGGAAGGGAAAACCAUCUCUGCGCACAAGUGUAUUCUUGCCUGCCGAAGUGAAUAUUUCGCAAAAAUGUUUAACCACGAUUGGAAGGAGGUUCAAGGAUCCGUGAUUGAGAUCAAAGAUAUCAAGUACGGAAUAUUUGAGGCUUUUCUUUUCUACAUUUACAAUGACGAGGUCACAUUCGGGGCGAGUACGAGAAUAUUUUUGACCUCAUGCAGUUAGCGGACUCGUAUUGCGACCUCAAGAUCCGGCAGGACUGUGAGAAAAUUCUGAUUCGGAAUAUCAACGAGGAAAAUGCUUUCUUCCUGGUUCGCAACUCGUCCCUAGCUAACGCUUCGGAUUUGGAGAGGAAUGUCGUAAACUUUAUCUUGGACAAGCGACUCCUCGACGUUUAUUCGUCAUCGCAAGAAAUAAUCGACUUGUUGGGAAUGGAAACAUUCCAUAAAAUCUCGAUGGCCUCACUUCAUCGAGUGUAAAAAGUAAGAACAAAAAAUAUAACGAAAUAUUUGGUCAUAAUUUAUAUAAGCGUGAACUAGGUAAAACCACUUUGGAAACUGAAAGAUAACAUUGGACCCACAUUUUUGUAGUACAAAAUAAUCUUAACUUUCAUACUAAAUUUUUGAAGUUAUUUUCUUGCAUAGUUUUGUAACUUUGGUAAAAUUGUACUCCUUUCGUUCUUUUGAUUGAUUAAGCAUGUAAAUUGUAUGUAGGUUGCCAGUGUUUCAAAUACAAAGAAAUUCUGCUAUCCCAAGUG